CUCCUAAGAACCAUCGAUUUUUUUCUUGCUUCUUUUUUCAUCUGAACCUCAUUUGUUCUUCCUGUCUUAAAAGUAUUGGCACCUUUUACCAAAGAAUAACAAGCCAGACGUUAUAGAAUGGCAUUCGAUCAAUCUAAUCAGUCACCUCAACAACGACAGUCUGGGCCGCCUCCUCCAACAACUACAAACACAGAGAACGGCCAACCAGAGCUAUCCUUACCACCUAUUAAUACGAGUAGUUGGGACUAUAAUGGUUAUAACACAAACCCAAGACCUCUAGAGAGCAGUACCUUUUCCUCUACUUAUACGGCACCAGCUCAACCUUUGUCGCAAUCCUCGGUUCAGCAAGACUAUGCACCUCGCGAGAUUUACAAUUCAAACUAUACACCAAGCUCACCUCGUCACCAUUGGGAACAGUCUUCACAAGUAUAUGCAGCAAGUUCAAGAGAUUAUCCCUUAGCUUAUACAGCAUCUCAACCUCCUGCACAGAGACAUAUACAAUCAAAUGCUCCAUAUGAUCCAGUUCGGAGCAAUUAUACGAUUAAUACCGCAUCUGAAGCAUUAUCACCCCCACAGCGGUCUCAGUCCGUUAUAUCACCUGUAAUGUCUAUUUCCCAAUUACUUUCAUCGAACAAUAACGACGAAGAAAUGAAAGCUAAUUAUUCACCAUCAGAAAGCCCUCAAAAAGCAAAACUACCUUAUGGAUUGUCUGAAUCUGUGGAAAAGCCUUCACCUCCAGCUGUAUAUUCUCAACCUGCAGCUGUUAUCAGAACUGAAACAACAGUGCUACCUACCUCUGUUCCUAAUGCCAACGCAAAAGUUGAACCUUCUUCAGCUAUUUCACCACCAGCAUCAUUUAAUCCUCACGCAUCUCCUACUAUUAACGAGCCUGUACGCACUAUAAUAACAGAACAAACGCAGGCAAAGCCCUCACAACCCCUUAGAUCACCGAUUCUUAUGCAAUAUCAGCAACAAACACCAGCAGCAACAGCAGUGGCACCACUAGUAGCUCCAGAACUACAACAACAACAUAAUAUGCAUAAUCCAACGGAACGUCGCAGUAACGGUAUUCAGAAUCUACUCAAUAGCGAGCCUGACGAACAAUACCAAAUGGCUGACUCAGACACUGACACAGAAGAUAUUCCCUUAAUCAAGUCGCCAAGAUUUGAAGGAUUAUUGCAACAUCAAAAUGCGUCAAAACAGUCGAUAACUAAGCGCUCAAAUGAGCAUAGUAAUUCAGAGGAAGCAGUAAUGGGAGCAGAAAAAAGCGACAACGACGAGAUGGAACUUAUUGAUGAUGACGAGGAAGAUGGCGAUGAUGAAGAUGAAGAGACACCUUUCAAUAUUACAGAGGACGAUGCAACUAAUAUGGUUUCUAUGCAACAUAACAAAGAAAGGGAAGAAAAUGAGGACACGGACACCUCAUUGGAUGAAUUCAGUGAUAUUGAAAUGGCUAACAACAAAAUGACCAAACCCAUCAUAAAACACAGCCUUCAGCAGAUGCCAGGGCAACUUGAAGAUGAUAGCGAGGACGAUGAUGAAGUAUUGUUGACGCAUCGGGAAGAAAUGUUACAAUUCAUGAUGGAAGUUCAUAAACGGAAGAGACGCGUAAUUGAAGAAUACGAAAGAAAGGAAGCUAUACGCCGAAGUCGAAUACGAAACAGGAUUGAACAUUAUUACGAGAAGAGAUAUGGAAGCCGUAUCCCUAGAAGCGAAAUAUUUAAAAGAAAGAUGAAGCAGACUUUACAUCGUAGGACUAAACAGCUAUUUAGUGAUGGAGACACGACUGAUACAGAGAUACAUACUGGCGUAGUUGACGACCCGAGAGACGCUGCUAAGCGCAGAUUGGAAGAUGAAAGGAAGAAUAUCUGGUUGACGAUCGCCAGGAAAGACAUUCCUAGAAUGACUCGUAUCUUGUCUCGCGUCCAAGCUACACGAUCAGGAAAUUGCAAGAAAAUUGCGCAAUAUUGUCAAAAGGAAAUCAGACGUGCUGCUACGAAUGGUGGUCGUGCCAACCGUGAAAUGCAGAAUAAAGCCAAGCGACUUAGUAAAGAAAUGUUACUUUUCUGGAAGAAGAACGAGAAGGAAGAAAGAGAAUUGCGAAAGAAAGCAGAAAAGGAAGCUUUAGACAAAUUGAAGCAGGAGGAAGAAAGACGAGAAGCUCAACGACAAGCUCGCAAAUUGAAUUUCUUAAUCACACAAACAGAAUUGUAUAGUCAUUUUAUUGGACGAAAAAUCAAACAAGAUACGGAAGAGGACGAAGAAACAGCUCAACCUGCUCCGUCUGGCCUAUCUACUCCCUUGGAGCCUGUGGCUCCAAGUGAUGAACUGGAUGAAAAUGCUGGCAUUACCAACGUUGGUGAAGUUGACUUUGAUGAAGAAGACGAAGCGGUACUAAAAGAAAAGGCCAGACUUAGUGCGCAAAACGCGCUUGCCAAACAACGUGAAAGAACAAAAGCAUUUGACGAAGGAGCGCUUGAAAGGCGUCGUGCUGCAGGUGAUAAUGUCGAUAUGAAUCAAAUGGAUCUUGACGAUAUGAACUUUCAAGAACCAUCUAGUAUGGGUUUGGGUCCCGAAGUUACUCAACCAAAUAUGUUGAUGUGUCAACUGAAGAGUUAUCAAUUGAAAGGCCUCAAUUGGCUGGCUAAUUUGUACGAACAGGGUAUAAAUGGUAUCCUUGCUGACGAAAUGGGUCUAGGAAAAACUGUUCAGUCUAUAUCCUUAUUAGCGUACCUUGCUGAAGUUCACAAUAUUUGGGGUCCUUUCUUAGUCAUUGCCCCUGCAUCUACUCUUCAUAACUGGCAACAGGAGUUCACAAAAUUUGUUCCUCAAUUUCGAGCCUUACCAUACUGGGGUAAUCCAAAAGACAGAAAAGUCUUACGACAAUUUUGGAACAGAAAACAACUUUAUGGAAAAGAUGCUCCUUUUCAUAUUGUUAUUACCAGCUAUCAACUGGUUCUAACAGACGUUAGUUACUUCCAGCGUGUUAAAUGGCAAUAUAUGAUUUUGGACGAGGCACAGGCCAUUAAAAGUUCGUCAAGUGCGCGUUGGAAGCAAUUGCUUGGUUUCCAUUGUCGAAAUCGUCUCCUUUUGACAGGUACACCCAUUCAAAAUAGCAUGCAAGAAUUAUGGGCUUUACUCCAUUUCAUCAUGCCCACAUUAUUCGAUUCUCACGAAGAAUUCAGCGAAUGGUUCUCUAAGGAUAUUGAAAGCCACGCUGAAAACAGAGGGUCACUGAAUCAGCAUCAACUAAGACGUUUGCAUAUGAUUUUAAAGCCCUUCAUGUUACGUCGUAUUAAACGUAAUGUACAGCAUGAGCUGGGAGAAAAGAUCGAAGUAGAAGUUUUCUGUGAACUAACAGCUAGACAAAGAGCCUUAUAUCGUGGGCUCAAAGAGAAGAUCUCCAUUUCAGAAUUGUUAGAAAAGGCAACCUCGCUUAGCGACGUAGAAAACAUGGAUAGUUUAAUGAAUUUAGUGAUGCAGUUCAGAAAAGUGUGUAAUCACCCCGAGUUGUUUGAACGCGGCGAUGUAAUGUCUCCUAUGUCGUUCUGUAACUUUAGCGAAACAGGAUCAUUGGCCAAAGAACAAUCUCUAUACUGCCCUUACUCGGCCUCGAGCCUCAUCAAAUAUCAUAUUCCGAAGAGACUGUAUCGAAAUGGUGGUAUUCUAAAUACAGUUGGGCCCGAAAGUAACGCUGGAUUCAGGCGGAAGUAUUUUGGAAAUAUGUUGAGCAUAUGGACACCAAAGCAUAUAUUUGACUCUGCAUUUUCCAACAAACAAGGUGCUGCAUUUUCCUUCCUGAGAUUCACCGAUCUAUCACCUCAGGAAGCUAGUUAUUUGUUCUCUGCGUCUUUGCUUCAAAAGUGGCUGGAUCAUUUAGCGCGCCGUCAUCAACAAGCUCGACGUCAACUAUACAAGGAGCAGGACAAGAACUUAUCAUCUCUAUUCAUCAUAUCCCAAAAUACCAGAGCCAUCUCUCCCCUCACCACCAACCCAGAAUCCCCACUGUAUGCAUUAACUCAUGUUUUCGAUCGCUUCAUCCAUGAUACCCACAUUUUUGGUCAAUUUUAUCUACCAGCUAUUAACACUGUUCCCGUUGAUAUCCUAUGCGAUGAUAUUUCCUUUACUCGCGAAAAGCAAGAUUUGUUGUUUAAUGCAAAUACUCGCGCUUGCUUAUUCGGUGAACCGCACUAUAUGAAUGAAAGAGAACCUAGAACACGAUCCGACUUGAUAAAUGUGGUGCGGCAAACAGAGCAAGGCAUUCUGACUGUUCCUACGUCAGGUUAUGGUUAUUCAUGGAUGAGAGUUCCGUCAAUGAAGGAUCUGAUCCUAGAUUCGGGAAAACUGGCAACUUUAGAUAAAUUACUCGAAAAGCUCAAACCUGAAGGUCAUCGUUGUCUAAUCUAUUUCCAGAUGACGCGUAUGAUCGAUCUAUUCGAAGAAUACAUCAACUAUAAGCAAUACAAGUAUCUACGUUUGGAUGGCUCUUCAAAAAUCUCUGAUCGCCGUGAUAUGGUACAGGAUUGGCAAACAAGGCCUGAAAUUUUUAUUUUCUUGCUGAGUACUCGUGCAGGAGGUUUAGGUAUCAACUUGACGGCUGCCGAUACCGUUAUCUUUUACGACAGUGACUGGAAUCCUACAGUUGACCAACAAGCCAUGGAUCGAGCACAUCGUCUUGGCCAAACCAAACAAGUAACUGUUUACAGGUUGAUCACUAAAGGCACCAUUGAAGAAAGAAUUCUUCAAAGAGCUAAACAGAAGGAUGAAAUCCAAAAGGUUGUAAUUUCAGGUGGUGAAUUCAGACAAGUUGAUUUCAAACCAAGAGAAAUCGUAUCUUUACUAUUGGAUGAUGAAGAACUGGAUGAUAAACUCCAAUUACAACUAAAACGUAAAGCUGAAGAAGAGGAAAAGAAAAAGGCUGCAAGAGGAACAAAGCGUUCAAGAAAGCAAGCGUUAGCCGAAGGAGAGUCCACUGGCUCGACGCCUGUACUUUCCCCCGCCAAUGUGGACAGACUCUUCAGUGCUGGUGAGGAUAUCAUACAGCCUGAUGAUGAUACUGCGAAUGGCAGUUCGGCGCCUUCUAAAAAAAAGACAAGAAUAGGCAGGCCAAGAACAAACUUUUCUUUUACCGGCUAACACUAAUCACAUAAUAUAUUUCGUACAAUACAAAGAGAUUCGUUAUCAUUUAAAAAAAUAGUAUAAUUCUCCUUUCCUUGUUACUCAGUUACUAUCCCAACGAAACGUUGCUGUAUCAGUAAAAAAAGUACAUAAAAUAAUUCCAAACCCAUUAAUUUGAAUGAAAAGCAAA